AAUAAUGUCCUAGUGUUUAUGAACGGAUUUCGCACGUGUCUUUGAAUUGUAAACAAAAAACUUUGAAAAUUUUUUGAAAUUUAAAUUUUCAAAAAUAUGGAUCGAUCCAAAAAGAUGUCCAAAUCCACUCGACCAAAUCAUAAUCAUUCAUUGGGUAAAUCAUUCUGUAAAUCACAGAUUAAUCUACCGUUUCCAUAUCCAAUGUUAGAUUUAAAAAACAAAACUAUAUGGCCAUUUUCAAAAGAAGAAUUUUUCUUAAUGGCAAUCGGGCGAUUAAUAGAAAAUGAAAAAUUAAUUUCAAUCGAUGAUCUACCAACUAUUUUAGCAUUAAAUAAAAUGGGUUUUUUCGGUGCACAUUCUAGCCGUGAAAUUAUUUUCAAAUCAAUGAUUGAUACUCAAAACAAACGUCAACAACAAUCAACAAAUAAAAAUAAACCCAAAUUUACUGUUGGAUUUUUUUCAUUAAACACCGUCAACAUAUCACCAGCAUUAACAAAUUUUAUCGGUGAUACAAAUAAACUUAAAACAACGAAUGAAAAUCCAACAAUCGAAUCCACUGAGCAAAAAACUUCAUUCACCUGUAUGAAAUUAAAUCUUGAAGAAGCUUAUUUUCUUAGCUAUGUAUUUGGAAUGCUGAAAAUUCAGAAAAAUUCUAGCAAAGAAUUUUAUGGUCUUGAUGAACUGUGGCAAUGUUUUUGUCAACUAUCCAAUGAUAAUAAUGAUUGUUCAACCAAAUUCGUUACUAAAUUUGCAGCCUAUUAUUAUUUUCGUUCACAAGGUUUUGUUGUUAAUAAUGGUUUUAAAUUCGGUGUUGAUUAUCUGCUUUAUGAAGAAGGACCACCAUUUAAUCAUUCACAUUAUGCAAUAAUUAUUGAAUAUAAAUAUGAUGAUGAUACAACUGAUAAUGAAACAAAAACCUUAAAUUAUAAUGAAAUAUCCGGUCUAAUUCGGAUAUCGAAUAAUUCAAGAAAAGAAUUAAUUCUUUGUACGGUGAUAAUACCUGAAAGAUAUCGUUCCAAAUUAUCAAUUACUGGUCCUGGUUGUAUAAAAUAUUUUAAAAUUAAUCUUAUUCAAUUACGACGACAAACAUUAGAUUCAUGGCAAAAUAAUAAUGGUGGUGGUUAA